UCGGUUGUUGGUAGCCAGGAAGGGCUUGAUUCAAAGUUAUAUGACGUGUACCUCUGGGAAAAAUUAUUUUGAUUCCACUCCGAUCAAGACAAAUUUGUGUUGGAAGGUUUGGCAGAUGUUUAUUAGUAAAGAGAAGAGAAGAAUCAUUUAUCACUUUACAAAUUGCAAAAUGAGGGAGAAGGCAGAGAGGUCGAUGUCUGUAGAUCUUUUUUCACAAUUAGCCGUGACAUUUUUAUUUUCAGCCUCUGAGACACAUCCGACCCAGGAGCAUGAUGGCCGCAUUCAACUUGAGCAGCUUCAAUCCAGGCUCAUUCAUCCUGCUGGGAAUCCCAGGGCUGGAACAAUUCCACCUCUGGAUUGGGAUUCCCUUCCUUAUUAUCUACCUGGUGGCCCUUGCAGGCAACAGCGUUCUCCUCUACCUUAUUUCCAAGGAGCGCAGCCUUCACGAGCCCAUGUUCUUCUUCCUCUCCAUGCUGGCCGCGACAGACCUCAUCCUGUCUAAUACAUGUGUACCUCAAACCUUCAGGAUCUUCUGGCUAGGUCCUCAGGAAAUCACCUUUUCAGGAUGCCUCGCUCAGAUGUUUUUUCUUCACUACAGCUUUGCUGUGGAUUCUGCCACCCUACUGGCCAUGGCAUUUGAUCGCUACAUUGCUAUCUGCUUCCCCCUAAGGUAUACCACGAUUCUCACUCGGCAGAUUAUUACGAAGAUUGGCAUGGGUGUUGUCAGCAGGAGCUUUUGUAUCAUCUUACCGUGUGUGUUCCUAUUAAAGCGACUGCCUUUUUGCCGAACGCCCAUCAUUCCCCACACAUACUGCGAGCACAUAGGUGUUGCCCAGCUGGCCUGUGCGGACAUCUCCAUCAAUAUCUGGUACGGCUUUGCUGUGCCUGUGAUGACGGUCACCUCAGACCUGAUCCUCAUUGGCACCUCCUACGCGCUUAUCCUUCGUGCUGUCUUCCGCCUCCCAUCCCGGGAUGCCCGCCAGAAAGCCCUCAACACGUGUGGUUCCCAUGUUUGUGUCAUUCUUAUGUUCUACGCACCAGCCAUGUUCUCUGUCCUCACUCACCGUUUUGGUCGCACUAUUCCUCACUCCUUCCACAUACUGGUCGCCAACCUCUACGUAGCCAUCCCUCCUGCACUUAAUCCGAUCAUCUAUGGGGCGAAGACCAAGCAGAUUCGGGAAAAGAUCGUCCCGCUCUUCUCCCUUAAAGGGACUGGAAGAGGAAACAGGUAACUGUAUCCCUUUGGAAUACACUUCAUUUUUUCAAAGCUGCAGUAUCUGCAAUGAUGACUUAAAUAUGUGUGAAACCCUAGGAAUCCUCUAUGAGUUGAAGGGAAUAAUGAGUCGAUAAGAGAACAGGUGUCAAGAGGGGGAGACCAAAAAAGCUGAUGAUAGCAUGAGAAAAAAUAUAUAUGUGUAUGACUGGGUCACUAUGCUGCACAGAAUAUGGUUAGAAUAUAAUUCUUAUAAACAGGUUACAAGAGAUAAACAGGAAUCUAUCCACAUGGAAUACCUUUGUAGGACACGUCCCAGAUGAGAGUUGGAAAAGCUGAAAAAUGAUUACCCUUUUUUAAAAGAAUGAUCCACA